GCAGAUACUCGCUUCAGCGGUGAUACUUCGUACAGAUCUGAGUAUUUUGUUGGUAUUUCUGAAGCUGUCUCAUAAUCUCAGAUGGCUGUCGAUUUCGAAUCGUUAACAGAGGCGACCUCGGGUGCCAUUGGAGCUCUGUUGAGUACUACAAUUCUUUAUCCCCUCGAUACCUGCAAGACCAAGUACCAGGCUGAAGUUCGGGCUCAAGGUCAGGCAAAAUACAGGCACCUCUCAGAUGUUUUCUUGGAAGCAAUUUCAACUGGUCAGGUUCUUUCAUUGUACCAAGGGCUUGGCACCAAGAACUUGCAAUCUUUCAUAUCACAGUUUAUCUACUUCUAUGGGUACAGCUACUUCAAAAAACUGUAUUUGAGGAAGAGCGGAAGACAGUCCAUUGGAACAAAAGAAAACUUGAUUGUUGCUGCCGUUGCUGGCGCUUGCAAUGCCAUCGUAACACAGCCUCUGGAUACAGCGGCAUCAAGGAUGCAGACGAGUGCUUUUGGAAAAUCCAAAGGGCUGUGGAGAACACUUUCAGAAGGAACUUGGAGUGAAGCAUUUGAUGGCCUUGGGAUAUCCCUUCUUUUGACCUCUAACCCGGCUAUUCAGUACACUGUAUUUGAUCAGCUGAAACAAAGACUGUUGAAGAGGCAAAAUAGCAACACAGCGGGUGGAGAAUCUUCGAGGGAAGCCAUUUCGGCAUUUUCAGCUUUUGCACUAGGGGCCGCUUCAAAGAGCAUAGCCACUUUCUUGACGUAUCCUGCUAUUAGGUGUAAAGUAAUGAUCCAGGCUGCUGACCCAGAUGAUGAUGGGUCUGAGGAGGCUCGACCUAAGUCCUCCAAAACUAUGUCAGAUGUAUCAUGUGCAAUUUGGAAAAGAGAAGGGCUACUAGGUUUCUUCAAAGGAUUGCAGGCUCAAAUUCUGAAAACUGUUCUAAGCUCAGCUCUGCUUCUCAUGAUCAAGGAGAAAAUCACGAGGACCACAUGGGUCCUGAUGCUUGCACUCCAGAGGUAUCUGUUGGUCAUGCGAGGUAGAUUAAAAAAUGCAUAAACGCAAUGCAGAUUAUGUAUGUGUGGAUCUUUUGUAAAUAAAAUGUGGCAUUGAUUGGUUCCAAUCCCAGAUGAAUUUUGUAGCCAAGGAAUAAAUGUCAAUCAGAAUAGCAAGUCUAAUUUUAAUAACUUGGAGCGAAUUGCAGAUUGUGCCAACAGAAUUUUAUUGUUUAAUUGAAUAAAAAAACUGUGGUUUUAGACUGUUAUGCUUCAGAGAAUGGGCAAUCCUCCCUCUCAACUUGAGGUUACAAUGCAGAACAAGGGACAAUGAUUA